AUGCUCCAGGAGCGCGGCGACUCGGGCCCCCGGGAGGCUGCGGUGGGACCGUCCGGCUCCUGGAGCUUUAAACCCGGGGAUCUUCACAGAGACACUCCGGGGAUUUCUCUCCCGCUGUGCAGCGGAGGAUUUGCGGCCCGGCCUCGGUUUGACGUAACAGGAGAAAGGUACUGCCGUGCCCAGCAGGAGGCACACCACGACUCAAACACAUACCUGUGUUUGCUGGCGUCCACCAGGACACACUUGGCUCUGCACAACCUCUACCACGGCAAGGGAGAGCGCAGUCCAGAAGAAGUGGCCGGCCUGGUGGGGCUCAGGUUGCCCACUCAGCCUGGAGGUAAAGGCUGGGAGAAGUGAGGACAUGGGAGGGUGCAACAUUGGAAGAAAAUCUCAAAAACUUUUCACAAACGACUUGUCUGUGGCUGAUUUAUCUGGUCUCAUAUAAUCCACCACAUGAUAAGUAAACUCCAGAGGAAUACUUGUUUGUCUGGCAGAUGGAGGAUUGUGCCAUCAUGGACAGCUUUGAGAGAACUCAACUUAUUUCUGUUGUUUUGUUCUGUCAAUGGUCAAUAUGAGGAUAAGCUGAUUUGAGAGUAUGGGAAGCAACUGUGAAAAUAAAUGCCAUAAUUAAAAAGCUGUUGUUGAGCUGUAAAUAUACUAUACCUGCAGCUUGUCCACACAUGCUUUUGUUUGUGUUUCGGCAUUUUUCCUAACUGUAUAAAGGCAAAACCAACCAUUAAAUGGACUGUAAGUACAUUUUCAUUUUGCUUCAUUUGUCCCAUUAAAAUAUUAGUCACUGUCACACUUUGAGUUUUUGUUAAAAGCAGUUACACAUUAGAGCUGCAACAAUUAAUCAAUUAGUCGUCAACUGUUAAAUAAUCACCAACUAAUUUGAUAGGCAAUUAGUCAGUUUCAAGAUUUUUAAGAGUCAAAAUUCUCUCAUUCCAGCUUCUGCAGUGUGAAUAUUUUCUGGUUUCUUUACUUCUCUAUGACGGCAAACUGAAUAUCUUUAAGUUGUGGACAUAACAAGACAUUUGAAGAUGUCAUCAUGGGCAUCUUGACUGCUUACCAUUAUCCAUCUGGUGCCAGGCCGCUAGCACUGGUUGAAUGUUUAGGAAGGUGUGCCUGGACGGAAAAUGGUGACACAGACGUGCCAUGGUAAUUUCAAAAUAAAGGCGUAUAUUCAAGAUGA